AUGUCGACCAUGAAUGCUGUUCGUUUCCAUGGGCAGAAGGACAUCCGGUUCGAGCAAAUACCAGUUCCUGAACUCAAGGCUGGCUGGGUCAAAGUAAAGCCCAAGUUCUGCGGCAUAUGCGGAACAGACCUCCACGAGUACCUUGGUGGUGCAAAUCUUAUCCCAGAGCCUGGCAACCCUCAUCCUAUUACUGGCGAGACCUUGCCUUUGACGAUAGGUCAUGAAUUCUCAGCAAUAGUUGAAGAGGUCGGCGAAGGUGUUACACACGUUAAGAAGGGCGAUAGAGUCUGUGUGCAGCCUACUAUAUAUGAGGGCGAGUGUCGAGCAUGCAAGAGAGGGCUAGUCAAUUGUUGUGAUAAGAAUGGCUUUAUGGGGCUUAGUGGAUGGGGUGGAGGUAUGGCGGACUUUACCUGCGCCCCAGCUUCCGCUGUCAAGCCGCUACCUGACAACGUCUCACUCGAAGUCGGUGCCUUGAUCGAGCCACUAGCUGUUGGGUGGCAUGCCGUGGCUAUCUCACCCUACAAGGAGGGUGACAGUUGUCUAGUGCUCGGAGGCGGUCCCAUUGGAUUGAGUGUGGUCCAAGCACUGAUUGGUAAGGGCUGCAAGAACAUCAUUGUUUCAGAGGUUUCGAAGCGCAGACGAGAAUUUGCGCAGCAGUUUGGAGCACACCAUACCCUCGAUCCUACCGCAGUAGAUGUGGUAGAGGAGGUCGACCGAUUGACCAAUGGAGAAGGAGCUGACGUUGGCUUUGAUGCUGCUGGUGUGCAGAUUGCGGUCGAUUCAGCUUUCAAGGCCAUCAAAGCUCGUGGGACACUCGUAAAUAUUGCUGUGUGGGAGAAGCGAGCAACUCUUCAGAUGAAUGAUAUUGUCUUUCGGGAACGAGCAUAUAUGGGUGUCGCUACGUACGCGCUCGGUGAUUUCGAACAAGUUCUCGAAGCUAUCUCGUCUGGUAGAAUGAAGCCUGAAGGCAUGAUCACGAAGAAGAUUGCAAUGGACAAAAUUGCUGAGGAAGGCUUCAAGGCUUUAAUUGAGGACAAGGACAAUCAGGUCAAGAUCCUGGUAGACCUAGACGCUCCAGUAGGAGCAUGA